GAGCAUCAAACUCCACAUUCUCUCUCAACCCCUGCAAACCCACACGUUCACCCCCUCCACAACCAUCCCCACCCCACGUUUCCAUCUCCAGCGCAACUCUCCAACCAACCGUCCGAUCUCCGCCGCGUAUCCGGGUUCCAGCGUACCCCUCUUCAACCUAGUGGGCCCCACCAACCUCCCUCACCUCCUCUUACGCGUCCUCCGCCAGGUACGUGAUCUCCGUGGUGGAACCCAUCAUCGCGUGGCCCACCCCGCCGGAAUACGGCCGGAAAGACGACCGGGAGAUGUCCAGCUUCUUGCCGGCGAUCCGCACCCCUUCCAUCUCGACCGUGUACGCGGUCCUUUCCCCCCACUCGAAUCCUCUCCAUCUAAUCUCUACCUUCUCCACCGCCUCCUCAUCUCCACCACCCAUCAGUGGGCCCCACCAGGACCCCAUCAUCACAAACCUCUCCCAAGCCAUCAAGAACUCCCAUCAAACCCCACUCCACUCCUCCCUCAAAACCCUCAUCCCUUCCCUCACCCCUUCCCACAUCACCUCCCUCAUCACCCAAAACCCUCAUUCCCUCCCCCCUUCUUCCCUCCUCUCCUUCUUCAAAUGGGCCUCUUCCCACCCCAGCUUCCGCCUCACCGUCCAUUCCUACUCCACCAUGGCCCACUUCCUCUGCUCUCACAACCUCCUUUCAGAUGCCCACUCCCUCCUCAAACUUGUCGUCUCCCGAAAAGGAAAGGACUCUGCCGCCUCCCUCUUCGCCUCCGUCCUCCAAACCAAAGGCCCCCACCAGCCCAAUUCAGCGUUCGUUGCACUGAUGAACGCUUACACCGAUUCGGGUUUUGUUUCCGAUGCAAUUCAGUGUUUUAGAUUGGCCAGGAGGCAUGGUUUCGGCAUCCCAUUCCAUUCGUGUAGUUAUCUCCUCGAUUGUUUGAUGAAGUCGAAUUCGCCUGCGGCUGCCUGGGCCUUUUAUUCAGAGAUUUUGGAUAAUGGGUUCCCGCCGAAUGUGUACACUUUCAAUAUCUUGAUGCAUUUGUUCUGUAAAGAAGGUAGAAUUAAGGAGGCCCGGUUGAUCUUCGAUGAGAUUCAGAGGCGGGGAUUGAGACAGACGGUCGUUAGUUUUAAUACAUUGAUUAAUGGUUAUUGUAAGUCAGGGAAUUUGGAAGCGGGGUUUGCGUUGAAACAGUUGAUGUUGGCGGAAGCGGGAAUUCUGCCUGAUGUGUUUACCUAUAGUGUUUUAAUUAAUGGGUUGUGUAAAGAAACUCGGUUGGAGGAUGCAGAUGAGUUGUUUGAGGAAAUGUGUAAAAGAGGGUUGGUUCCGAACAAUGUUACAUUCACUACAUUGAUUGAUGGCCACUGCAAGGAAGGGAAGGUUAGUGCCGCAUUGGAGAUUUAUCGUGAAAUGUUGAGGAAAGGAGUGAAACCGGAUUUGAUUACUUAUAAUACGAUUGUCAAUGGUCUUUGCAAGAUUGGUGAUUUGAAGGAGGCAAGGGGGAUUUUUGAUGAGAUGAGACGGCGGGGAUUGAGACCGGAUAAGAUAACAUACACUACGCUCAUUGACGGGUGUUGUAAGGAGGGAGAUGUGGGAGCUGCAAUUGAGGUUAGGAAGGAGAUGAUCGAGGAAGGGAUCCAGCUGGAUGAUGUGACUUAUACAGCGCUUGUUUCGGGGCUGUGCAGGGAUGGUAGGGUGAGUGACGCUGAGAGCACAUUGCAAGAGAUGUUAAGAGCCAGAAUGACACCGGAUGAAGCAACUUAUACUAUGGUUAUUGACGGGUAUUGUCGGAAGGGGGAUGUUAAGAUGGGUUUUAGAUUACUCAAGGAAAUGCAGAGUAAUGGUCUUCAACCGGGGGUUGUGACGUAUAACGUGCUUAUGAAUGCGUUGUGUAAGCUGGGACAGAUGAAGAAUGCGAAAGUGCUGUUGAAUGCAAUGCUUAAUUUGGGGGUUGUGCCGGAUGAUGUUACCUACAAUAUUCUUUUGGAAGGGUAUUGUAAGCAUGGAGAUGUGGAGGAUCUUGAUAAGCUACGCGGUGAGAAGGGGUUGGUUUCUGAUUACGCCACUUACACUUCUCUGAUCAGCGAAUUCAGUAAAAAGUCGAAGAGUCGUCAAGUUCGGUGAUCGAUAGAUGAAUUUGCUCAACUCUCACUUCAUGUGGAUAUGUAUCAAAUUCCUGAGCAUUUGCUUCAUGUGCAAAGGAGAAGAACAAACGGUGCAUCACCUCGUAUUCAUCGCCAGCUAAGUGAGAAGCAUUUGGAGCACCCCUCCUAUAUCUUUUGGGUAUUGAAUGGGUUUUUCCAAAAUGGUUUUGUGGAAGUUUUCAAGAAGCUGGGGGCAAGCCAUUCAAGGAAAGACAGAGAAUUCUUUGGUGUGUGCUUCUCUAUGAUUUAUGUUGGGUAGGGCUGCAACUUAGGUUCAAGCUGAACCCGAUUGAACCAACCUGAGUUAUGGUCCGGUUUGGGUUGUCAAGGUCUUCACAUUGGGUUUGGAUUGGCCAACUUAAUUUGAAUUUUGGUCAGAGUUUGGAUUGAGCAAAUUCUGGUGGGUUAGGUUGGGUUGUGAAUAAUCACAUAUAUCAGGUAUACAGGACCUUGGGUUGGCCAGCUCGAGUUGGAAUUCGGGUCAGGUUGUGAGUUGAGCCCUAUUGUGGUUUUGUUGGGCUCAGGUUGACCUUCAAUCUGAUCCACCCUGGCUUAGUUGCCCCCUUAAUGUUGGGAGAUCUGGAAGGUAAGGAACAGCUCCAUUUCCACCUGAAGCGUGCUUGUGUGCAAAAGAUCAUUGAAGAGAUUAGUCAGAAAUAUAGAGAGAUAUUGGGUAUUGGAUUUACUAGGCCAUUGGGACAUGGUAUUCAAUGGCCGCCUGAUGAGGGAGAACCAUUACUUGUUAGGUGAAGCUGCAGAAGUAGGUUUAGCAGCUGAAUUUUGACAGAUCUUCAAUUAGAAACCCCACAAGAUGCAGUGUUGGUACGGGAGAUGAUACGGGUGUUGUCAAUGUAUGCUUCUCAGGGUCAGCUGGUUGGUGAAAAGCUUGCGAGGCCUAAAUGGAAGCCCGUAGUGAAGUCUUGCGUAUUUCGUCAAGUAGCAGUAGUCUGUCGACAAGAAUUUGCAAAAUGGCAUCGUGUUCGCAAACUAGCACUUUCCUGACGCUUAGGAUUUGAACUUUCAUGUUUAGGGAGAUUUGUUGCCUUCCCUAGUUAAAUAUCUGGUUCCCGCCGUUGUUAGUAGAGAGACAUAUCUUAGCCAAUGUCCUAGUUGAAGAUGAUGUUUGCCCCAACGUAAGUAUGAUGGGAAAUUUGUUAUUGUUAUGAACUUUCUAAUAAUUUUUCCUCUCUCAACAAUAAGGACUCUUGGAGAUUGGUUGA